UUUGCCAGCUCCGGACUCCAGCGCCCACUGCAUGGGUGCGGCGCCCCAGCCCGGCCGGCCCCACCGCCAUGCUCUGCUACGAGGACGAGGGCAGCUGGAGCCUGUCCUUCUCGGGCGCCGGCUUCCUGGGGCUCUACCAUGUGGGCGUGACCCGCUGCCUCAGUGAGCGCGCCCCGCACCUCCUCCAGGGAGCCCGCCGUUUCUACGGUUCCUCGUCCGGAGCGCUCAACGCCGUCUCCAUCAUCGCGGGCAAGUCCGUCGACUUCUGCUGCUCCCAUCUCCUGGGCAUGGUCAAGCACGUGGAGCAGCUAAGUCUGGGCAUCUUCCACCCCGCCUUCGCGCCCAUUGAACACAUCAGGCAGCAGCUGCAGGACAGCCUGCCCUCCAACAUUCACAUCCUGGCCUCCCAGCGGCUGGGCAUCUCGCUGACGCACUGGCCCGAUGGCCACAACAUCAUUGUCACCAGCUUCACAACCCGUGAGGAAGUCAUCCAGGCUCUGGUCUGCAGCCUAUACUUUCCUUUCUACUGUGGGACAAUUCCCCCCGAAUUCAGAGGGGAGCGUUACAUCGACGGGGCUCUGAGCAACAACCUGCCCUUUGCGGACUGCCCCUCCAUCAUCACUGUGUCCCCUUUCCACGGGACAGUGGACAUCUGCCCCCAGAGCACCUCGGCCAGCAUGCAUGAGCUGAAUGCCUUCAAUGCCAGUUUCCAGAUCUCCACGAAGAACUUCUUCCUGGGCUUCACCUCCCUCAUACCCCCCAGCCCUGAGGUAGUAGCAGACCACUGCAGACAAGGCUACCUGGACGCCCUCAGGUUCCUGGAGAGACGUGGACUUACCAAGGAACCAGUGCUUUGGAUGUUGGUGUCGAAGGAGCCCCCAGCCCCAGCUGAUGGCAGCCAGAACGCCGGCCAUGACAGAGGCCAGGAGGGGGGCCUGUCUCUCGACUGGGCAGUGCCCAAUGUGCUGGUCAAGGACGUGUGCGACUUUGAGCAGCUCUCACCAGAGCUGGAGGCUGCGCUGAAGAAAGCCUGUGUGAGGGACCCCAGCACCUGGGCCCGCUUCUGCCGGUCAGGGCUUGGGCGGGCCCUGACCUACUUGCUGCUGCCCUGCACGCUACCCUUCGAGUACAUUUACUUCCGGAGCAGAAGGCUGGCGGCAUGGCUGCCUGAUGUGCCGGCCGACUUGUGGUGGAUGCAGGGCAUGCUGCAGAGCGUGGCCCUCGAGGUCUACUCCAGGUCAAAGGACCAGCUCCUCCGGCUGGUCAGGAGCAGAAGAGGGCCCACCAGCCCCUCUGGAGCCCCUGUUCCUUGGAGCCAGCUCCCUGGGGCCUGAGGACUUCUCUUUUGGGAGAGGCCCAGCCUGUUGGUAUGUCCCUUGGUUGCUGUGUCCAGGUCACCCUGUCAUCAGAGGGAAAAAGGAAGUAGGAGCUGAGACACACAUCUUGGUUCUUGAAUUUCCAUGUUGGGGGGACUCGGGGGGCAGCAUCUGCUGAGAAGCAGAGUUCGUGUGCUUUUGCCAAGAUGUUUGCAGAGCACUUUACAGAAGAUAGAGAAAGUGUCAGUGAUUGGAAGGCAAAUGGAAAUGAUGGGUUGGGGUGUGCCUCCCCCAGAUCCUUUCUCUGACUUCCUUUGUCACUGCACUCACCCCAGGGUGACCCCCAUGGUCUGCCUCCUUCCAGCAACCUUGAUCUCUGACUUCCUACUGGGUCCAUCCAACGGGGGGAUCCCCCAGCAGGAGAUGGGAGGGUAGGAGGAGAGAAGGGAUCAAAAUCUUCUCAGAAUCCCGCCAACGUCCUGUUGGGGUGUCCAAGGGCCCUUGGCUGCCAGCACCAUAGCACCACCCCCUUAUUCCUUAGGAAGGCUUAUGGUGUAGUGGUGCCUGCACACACCCGGCUGCCAGCCCCCUUUCUUUCUCAGGCAGAGAAGAGACUGGGACACCAGGCCUCCUGUAGCCUCUCCUGGGAACCGAUCCCCUUCCUGUCCUCAGAGCAGAACCCACACUGUCUUGGGUUCUGCUCUGAGGCUGGGCCCUUAGGAGACACUCACCCAGAGCAGGGAUGGGGAGGGUGGGGAAAUGGAGGCAUGCACAAGAGAAAAAGGGAGCAAAGGAAUAAAU